CCUCAAUCUUGCAUCCCGCUCGAGUGAUCACCGUAGGGUUGUUGGUUCCAUAACAGUGACUAAUCAUAGACCCUGAAUUGGAGGUGACUGCCAAUAACGAUUAUAUUAACCUGGUGUGCAUCGCGGCAUUGCGCAACGAUUGAUCGUGUGUAAUUUUCCGCUCUACCUCGAUACCAAUUGCCCAAGAUGGACGAAGAGGAUUACAAUGUUCUCCGCAACCAAUACAGCGCGGAGCCUCAGAGGUACCAAGAAUGGGAUCAGAACAUGGAGAUGCGGACUAGGAGGUUGCAAUCGCAACAGGCAUCUUCCCGAACAGUGCCUGGGAGUUCGACACAGCCGAUUGAUGAGCAAGAUGCGACUGGCAAAGAGGAGGCUCAUGAGCCCCUAUCCAGAAUGUCCAGCUCUUCAUCUACAUCUUCAAGCUCAACCACCCCCUCCUCCGCCGCAGCCCAGGCCUCUCAGUUGGAAGAAAUCCGCACCCAUCCACCACGCGAUGCUUCAAUAAUGAACAGACGAGCGACAGCGACGAGUACGUCCGGAUCGAUGCUUGCACGCCAUCCGACAGAGCGACACCCCGAAGCCAUUCGUAGAAUUGAAACCCAUCGAUCGCAGCAUCAAGCCACCGUAGGUGCGGUCAUGACGCGGCGAGCCACAUCACGGGCUUCAAGGCCGCUACCCUCUCUUGGUGCUAACAAGCCUUAUCCGCCCUUGCUGCCGGAUAGAGAAGAGUACGUUGUAGAAUUCGAUGGUGUCGAUGAUCCUCUCCACGCACAGAACUGGCCGCUACGGAAAAAGCUUGGAAUUGGUGCAAUAUUAGCAUUCGAUGCUCUCGCUGCAACGAUGGGGAGUAGUAUCUUCAGUGCAGCGAUCAGGCCUGUCAGCAAGCAGUUCCACGUCGAUCCCGAGGUCGGCACUUUAGGAACUUCGUUUUUCGUUUUUGGCUAUGCUUUUGGUCCUCUGGCUUGGGCUCCACUCUCCGAGCUUUACGGUCGCAGGGCACCCAUAAUAAUCGCCGCUUUUGGAUUUUCGGUUUUUAGCAUCGCAGUCGCUGUUGGCAAAGAUAUUCAGACUAUUCUGAUAUGUCGCUUCUUCGCGGGUUUAUUCGGUUCCUGUCCCCUCGCCGUCGUAGCCGCCGUAUUCGCCGAUAUGUUCAACAAUACUGUACGAGGUUUAGCCAUUGCCGUAUUCUCAGUCACCGUAUUCAUGGGGCCCCUACUUGCUCCAUGCAUCGGUGGAUUCAUAGUGACCAGUCACCUUGGUUGGCGAUGGACGGAAUAUAUAUCGAGCAUCAUGGGCUGGUUGGCUUUUGUCCUUCUCUUACUUUUCCUCGAAGAAACAUAUCCGCCGGUGGUUCUUGUCGAAAAGGCCGCCGAACUGCGACGCAGGACGAAGAAUUGGGGUAUCCACGCGAAGCAGGAGGAAAUUGAAGUCGACUUCAGAGAGCUUUUGGUUAAGAACGUCUCCAGGCCAAUGCGAAUUCUCUUUACGGAACCGAUCGUUUUACUUAUUACGCUCUACAUGUCUUUCAUUUACGGCCUACUAUAUCUAUUGUUGACGGCGUAUGCACUUGUCUUUGAGGGGAAGUACGGAUGGACACCCGGACAAUCAGGCCUUGCAUAUUUCGGCUUGGUCGUUGGAGAAAUGAUUGCCUUCGCAUAUGUUUGGCUCGACAAUCCACGUUACGCCAGAAAGCUUCAAGCCAACAAUAACAUCCCGGUUCCCGAAUGGAGACUACCUGUGGCUAUGGUUGGAGGUGUUCUUUUCGCUAUUGGUCUUUUCUGGUUUGGAUGGAGCGGUUAUACGGGACGGACCUUUUGGGUUGCUCCCGUCUUCUCGGGACUAUUCAUUGGCUUCGGCAUCUUCUCGAUUUUCUUGAGCUUGCUAAACUAUCUCGUCGACGCGUACUUGAUGUUUGCAGCGUCCGCAAUUGCGGCCAAUACGUUCAUGAGAUCUAUUUUUGGAGGAGUCUUCCCACUAUUCGCGACAUACAUGUUCAAUGGCAUGGGAAUAGAGUGGGCUUCCACACUGCUGGGUAUUGUGGCACUCCUGCUCGUUCCUAUGCCCAUAAUUUUCUAUCUCUAUGGCAAGAAGAUCAGAGCCAAAUCCAACUUUGCACCUGCACCGGACCUGAAGCAAGAUAAGAUGAGGGAUGAAGAAGCCCGGUUGGCGAAUGAUGAUGCGACAAGCUCUGCAGGAAGCCAGAAUACAGAGGCAAGGGAGAAGAGGGAGGACCAUGUCUAACCUGUGUCCUUCAAUUCGAUGAGCGCAGUACUUAAUGUCUCAAUACAUCGUUGUUGCAUCGUGUAAUAAGGUAUAUCAUUGGAAGUAUAUAUCAUAUAAUGUCUAACCGAAAAUAUUGGAAAUGAGACCACGUUCAUACAUUUACCGUAGAUCUUUGAACAGUGAAGAUUUACAAGACAUAUUAUGGUCAUUUCAUUAAUAAAGGUCAUCGCGCAAUGG